ACCCACGAAUCUUUUUUUUUUUUGAGUUAGAAACCCACGAAUCUAGCUGUAUGUAAGAAGGGAAAGUGAAAUGACCACUGAGCGUGCAAGCUAAGCUGUCACUCAUACUGAUAUAGAAAAUGCAGCAGUAGCAGGAGAUAAGCUAAGCUGAACCACCACCAAUGCAAUGCCAUCAUGAGACCACCCUUUCUUUAGAUCUGAUGAGUUUUUCAUGGCCAAAAACAACUCCACCCUCACAUAGUAGCUUCUUCACAACUACACGUGCCACGUCACCCACACUCUUGGCUAGCUCUAGUGAAAACUGAUUGUACUGAAAAGAAACCCAAAGCUGCUUCCAACAACAACAACAACCACAAAAAUCAGGCACGUGAAAGAGGAAGUAUCUGCUGAGGUGGUUCAAUCACUAUGGAGUCAUGUAAUUGCAUUGAGCCGCAAUGGCCGGCUGAUGAAUUGUUGAUGAAGUACCAAUAUAUUUCAGAUUUCUUCAUUGCAAUUGCUUAUUUCUCUAUCCCUCUAGAACUGAUCUACUUUGUCAAGAAAUCGGCAGUGUUUCCAUAUAGAUGGGUCCUUGUUCAGUUUGGUGCUUUCAUAGUGUUGUGUGGGGCAACACACCUCAUUAAUUUAUGGACUUUUACCAUGCAUUCGAGAACUGUGGCGAUAGUAAUGACCACUGCAAAAGUUUUGACUGCUGUGGUUUCAUGUGCAACUGCCCUCAUGCUUGUGCAUAUUAUUCCUGAUUUAUUGAGUGUUAAAACCAGAGAACUGUUCUUGAAAAACAAGGCUGCAGAGCUUGAUAGAGAAAUGGGCUUGAUUCGUACACAAGAAGAAACAGGUCGUCAUGUGAGGAUGUUGACCCAUGAGAUCAGAAGCACCCUGGAUAGGCAUACUAUACUGAAAACCACUCUUGUUGAACUGGGUAGAACUUUGGCAUUGGAAGAGUGUGCCCUGUGGAUGCCAACACGUACUGGAUUGGAGCUUCAACUCUCUUACACUCUCCGUCAGCAGAAUCCAGUUGGAUAUACAGUGCCCAGUCAUCUUCCUGUGAUCAAUCAAGUUUUCAGUAGUAACCGUGCAGUAAAAAUAUCCCCAAAUUGUCCAGUGGCAAGAAUAAGACCUCUUGCAGGAAAAUACAUGCCUGGGGAGGUUGUUGCUGUUCGUGUCCCUCUGCUACAUCUCUCUAACUUCCAAAUCAAUGACUGGCCUGAGCUCCCAGCAAAACGUUAUGCUCUGAUGGUCUUGAUGUUGCCCUCAGAUAGUGCAAGGCAAUGGCAUGUCCAUGAGUUAGAGUUGGUUGAAGUAGUUGCGGAUCAGGUGGCAGUUGCUCUCUCUCAUGCGGCAAUCUUAGAAGAGUCAAUGAGGGCAAGGGAUCUUCUUAUGGAGCAGAAUGUUGCUCUAGAUCUGGCCAGGAGAGAAGCUGAAACUGCAAUUCGAGCUCGCAAUGAUUUCUUGGCAGUUAUGAACCACGAGAUGAGAACUCCCAUGCAUGCAAUUAUUGCACUUUCUUCCUUAUUGCAGGAAACUGAGCUGACACCUGAGCAACGCCUGAUGGUUGAAACAAUAUUAAAGAGUAGUAAUCUUUUGGCUACUCUCAUUAAUGAUGUAUUAGAUCUUUCAAGGCUUGAAGAUGGCAGUCUUCAACUGGACAUUGGAACUUUUAAUCUUCAUUUUGUAUUCAAAGAGGUCCUUAACCUGAUCAAGCCUGUAGCAUCUGUCAAGAAGUUGUCCGUCACGUUAAAUUUAGCACAAGAUUUGCCAGUGUAUGCUGUAGGUGAUGAAAAGCGCCUAAUGCAAACUAUGCUAAAUGUUGUUGGUAAUGCUGUGAAGUUCUCUAAAGAGGGCAGCAUCUCAAUCAUUGCUUUUGUUGCAAAAUCAGAAUCUUUAAGAGAUUCUCGAGCACCUGACUUUUUUCCUAUGCCAAGUGAUAACCACUUUUAUUUGCGCGUACAGGUGAAAGAUUCAGGAUCAGGAAUCAAUCCCCAGGAGAUUCCUAAGCUGUUUACGAAGUUCUCUCAAAGUCAAUCAUCAGCAACUAGAAAUUCUGGUGGCAGCGGACUUGGCCUUGCAAUUUGUAAGAGGUUUGUAAAUCUUAUGGAGGGACAUAUCUGGCUUGAAAGUGACGGCCUUGCCAAGGGAUGUACUGCCACUUUCAUUGUAAAACUUGGAAUUCCAGAGCGAUCAAAUGAAUCUAAGCUUCCCUUCACACCUAAAGUACCAGCAAAUCAUGGUCAGACAAAUUUUUCAGGGCUGAAAGUUCUUGUCAUGGAUGAUAACGGGGUUAGCAGGAUGGUGACAAAGGGGCUACUUGAGCACUUGGGAUGUGAUGUGUCAACUGUAAGCUCAAGCGAGGAGUGCUUGCAUGUUGUUUCUCAUGAACACCAGGUGGUGUUCUUGGAUGUGUGCAUGCCUGGUAUAGAUGGUUUUGAGCUUGCUGUCACUAUACGUGAAAAAUUCGCAAGACGUCAUGAAAAGCCACUUAUAGUAGCACUUACUGGAAACACAGACAAGGUUACCAAGGAGAACUGUAUGAGGGUUGGUAUAAAUGGAGUAAUACAGAAACCCAUUUCAGUUGAUAAAAUGAGGAGCAUUUUAUCAGAACUUUUGGAGCACCGAGUUCUAUACGAGGCCCUAUAAGCAGCAGAAAUAUGCAGCACCAUUUGAGUGGUUUCAGUCUUGUGUAUAUACCACGUGUAUUGGAAACUUACAUUAAAAAUGAAGCAAUGAUGCAAAUAACUUGACAUUGUAUAAACGGUUUUAUGUAUUCUUUCUGUGCAAUUUGCUAAAAAACGUUGGCAAGAAAGAAUGAUGACGGCUUGCUGCCAUUUUUUUUUGUAAACGAGUUGGUUCUUAUUCGAAUCAAAAAGGAAAUUGUCAUUUGGUAACUUUUACAAUGAA